AUGUGCGAAUUAUCAAAUCAACAUUUGGCGGUCAUUCAGCAACGAAAUUCUCGCGGAGACAGGAAAACACGUCAGAUGUAUUUGCUGAACGAACUGGGUCGUCUGUUAGACUUGGUUACUAUACGCCAUCGGUUGAUGGAUUGCAUGUGGGAAUGUGAAGUCUUGUCGAAAAUCUAUUUGACUUUUGCAAACGAGAUGGGAUUCGAUGAUUUUCAUUUGUUUGUUCGACCUUUACAGUUUGAGGCGGCCAAAUACAAGGAGGGUGCGGAUGAGUUCCGUCCACCAAUCUACAUCACAGCCAUACAGGACGAUGAUUCGGCUUUGGACAAAUUUUUACCGUCUGCGUUACCGUUGGCCAUUCAUGAAUUAGACGAAACACAUGUGGGCAAGUUCUCAUUCCGUGGAAAGGUGACGAUCAUGGAAAUGCUUGAAACCCGUGGAGUGGAAAAUUUGCUGACCAUCUUGAAAACACAAAUCGCUCACAAGAAUGCCCUGACCGCGGCCGUCCUAUUAGCUUACAAUGCUCGACCAUCAUUUUACACUGCACAUGCACCCAAAGUGAAGUACGUCUGA